AUGCAAUUAAAGACAUGUGAAUAUAUUCUUCAACAUCUUUUACCACCAGUUCGUCGUGCUUGUCUUCUUGUACCAGAAUUAACAUUGAGUAUACUUACAUCAUCUAAUCCUCUUUGGCAUAUUCCUUAUGAAGAAGCAAUGAUGAAACUAGAUAGAUCUGAUCCAUGGUGGGCUUUCCUAUGGCCAGGAAGUCAAGCAUUGAGUCGUUAUUUAUUAGAUAAUAAAUCAUUAGUUCAAGGACGUCAUGUAUUAGAUAUUGGAUGUGGAUGUGGAGCAAGUGCUAUAGCUUCUAAAAUGGCUGGAGCUAUCAAUGUAAUUGCUAAUGAUAUUGAUCCAGAUGCUCUAAUUGCAACUGAUCAUAAUGCUCGAUUGAAUAAUGUUCUUAUCAAUAAAUUUUCUUCUGAUAAUCUUCUUCAAAAUCCAUCAAUGACAUUAAAUAAUAAUGUACUUGAUUUACUUAUCAUUGGUGAUAUGUGUUAUGAUGAUCAACUUGCUCAACAAAUUGUAAAUUUAAUUAUUACUGCUCGUCAAUAUCAUCUACGUGUAUUACUUGCUGAUCCAGGUCGACAUAGUUUUAAAUCAAUUGUUGUCAGUCAAUUAAAAGAUCUUAUGAAAUGUGUAUGUGAAUAUCCAAUCAUUGAUUCUGAUUAUAUUGAAUCGGAUUUUAAUACAAUAAAAAUUUGGACAACAUAA